AUGGACUACAUGGACAUGGCCAUGGCCAUGGUGGGCUUGGAGGACCUGGACCAGGUGCUGGCCGUGAGCCCCGCCGGGAGCUUGGCGACGUCCUCCGCUCCUGCCGCCGCCGCCGCCGCACCAGCAGCCGCCGCCAACGCCGACCUCCGGAGGGGCCUCUGGACGGUGGACGAGGACAUCCUGCUCGUGAACUACAUCGCCGCCCACGGCGAGGGCCGCUGGAACUCGCUCGCCCGCUCCGCGGGCCUGAAGCGCACGGGCAAGAGCUGCCGCCUCCGGUGGCUCAACUACCUGCGGCCCGACGUGCGGCGGGGCCACAUCACCGCGAAGGAGCAGCUGCUGAUCCUGGACCUGCACUCGCGCUGGGGCAACCGCUGGUCCAAGAUCGCUCAGCACCUCCCGGGCCGCACCGACAACGAGAUCAAGAACUACUGGCGCACCUGCGUGCAGAAGCACGCCAGGCACCUCCGCUAG